ACAAAUAUGUGGAUUCACUAGCAUGAACAAUUGAUUUGACAGAUUUAGAUUAAUUUAAAUUGAUUUUAAACUGAUUUUAAACAGUUCAAACCGUUAUAAAGCGGUUAUGACUGACUUACCGACCUGGUUUUUUACCCAAAAAAAAACUAUUAAACGGAAACACUAUUUUCUUUAACCGUUUACCAUGGAACAAAAAGUAAAGACGUUACAGAAACACCCACGUUGACUGUUUGUGAACAUUCAAAUACAGAAUCACGUUUGAAGAACGCUUUUUUUGUGAGCUGAGUGUGCGGUUGAGUUUUUGACUUUUAACUUUUGACUUUUAGGACAUGAUCAAAGUGGGGUUCAACUAAACCACAACAGCACGGGAACGAGUCUCUGGUCCACUUGUCUGCAACGCCCAGUCAUAAGUAUUCCCUAAAUUCCAAAACUACCCUCGCUAGUGUCGUAGAUUCUCUUCUCUUCCCUCUCCUGAUUCGAUCUCAGCUACAAACAAAGCGUUUGCGAUCUUCCGGAGAUGACAUCCGACGAACGCGACGCCGUUGAAUCGCCGGAGCUGGAGGAAAACGGCAGCGCCGGCGGCGGAGGAGUAGCCGGAGAGUCUGAUUCCGACGACGAUCAGCAGGUCAUGCCUGAUCCAUACGUCGCCGCCGCCGCCGACCUCAAUUCUCCGUUAGAUUCCGCGACGGCGGAGGACACCGUAACCGUCGCUCUCCCCUCCGGAUCCUCCCUACCCGCCGCCGCGAUUCCCGUCGAUUCCGAUCCGAAGCGGCGCCGCGCAACGGAGAUAAUCCACCUGAGACCACCGCCACCGCCGCCGAUCGACGUCUCCAGGCGCCUCUUCCAGAGGCUGUGGACCGACGAGGACGAGAUAGAGCUUCUCCGCGGCUUCCUCGACUACGUCACGUGCCACCGUGGCAGCAGCACCAUCUCGCAUCCCCCCGAUACGGCGCCGUUUUACGAGCUGAUCAAGUCGAAGCUUCGGCUCGAGUUCAACAAGAACCAGUUCGUGGAGAAGCUUCGUCGGCUGAAGAAGAAGUACAGGAACGUGAUGAGUAAGAUGGGUUCGGGUAAAGAGAUGUUCUUUAAGAGCCCUCAUGAUCAAGCCACGUUUGAUAUCUCUAGGAAGAUUUGGAAUCAAACGGGGAAGAUCAUAGGGUUCGAAGAUAACAAUGUAAUAGAUUUAGAGGAACAACCUAGUAGCACCAAUGUGGACGUUGAUUCUGAUAACGUGUUGGAGAAGAAAGGGACAGUGAGUAGGAAACGAUCGCGGUCAAGGAUAGGGAGGAUCGAUGAAGACAACAAGCCCAUCUCUCUGUCUGAUGGGCCGACGGCGAGUGGAGCUGGUGCCAAUGAGAAUGUGGCUGCCUUUGGUGAUGGGAGGAGUCUAGGGGGGUUGAUAGAAGAGACGGUGAAGAAUUGUGUAUCGCCGUUGAUCAAGGAGAUGAUGAUGGCUGCGGCGGGAGGGUAUCCAGGAGGUGGUGGUCAUGGUAUGGGUGUGUUAAGCCCAAUGCUGAUGGCGAAGAUAGGGUUUGGUGGUGGAGGGGGUAAGGGAGGAGUAGGGGACGAACGGUGGAGGAGACAGCAGAUUCUUGAGUUGGAAGUGUACUCGAGGAGAUUAGAAUUGGUUCAAGAGCAGAUUAGAGCUACACUGCAUGAGUUAAAGACAAUGCCCAGUGGAAGAUGAAUGCAUAAGGAAGACUGUAACGGGUUCUUGUAAUAAUCUGAGUAAAUUUCUGAUGAUGAUGAGAUCUUUCUAGGCUUUUUUUUUUAGAUUUUUUUUUUCUUGAUUGGAUCUUUGUCCAUUAGGGGUGAAUGAUGGUGGGGUUGUGCAUAAGCUUUGUAUUAGUCUAUUAGAUUAUAGUUUUUUUUGUUGGUAGAGUCACUAGUUCAAUAAAAACAAAAAUUCUCUUUA